GAGGGGCGGUUUCUGACGGAAUGCCCCGCCCUUACGUGUAACCUGCGCGUUAGCAGGCGAAGGUGUACGGUAGUGUUGCGUGCAGUGUAAUAUUUUGCACAGGAGACCUCUUUAAUUCUAAACUCAGGUUAAUCUCAACAAGUAUGUCGGUUAAUUACGCAGCUGGAUUGUCGCCCUACUCAGACAAAGGGAAAUGCGGGCUACCGGAGAACUUCGACUCACCUGAGGAUUUGGAGAAGAAAGUCCUGCAGUUGGCAGAGAUGGUCAGGAGUGCUAAGUUUGUUGUCUUCCAUACUGGGGCUGGCAUCAGCACCUCAUCAGGAAUUCCAGACUUCAGGGGUCCAAAUGGUGUUUGGACCAUGGAGGAGAAAGGUCUGUCUCCCAAGUUUAACACUACGUUUGAAGAGGCAAGGCCGAGUGUAACCCACCUGGCUUUGUUAAGUUUACAGAGAGCAGGCAUCCUUCGUUACCUCAUCAGCCAGAAUGUAGAUGGAUUGCACGUCCGAUCGGGCUUUCCCAGAGAGCUUCUCUCUGAACUCCACGGGAAUAUGUUUGUGGAAGAGUGCACUAAAUGUGGCAAGCAGUUUGUUAGAGACACAGUGGUGGGCACUAUGGGGUUAAAACUCACAGGUCGUUUAUGUGAUGUACCCAAGUCUCGUGGGCUGAGGGCCUGCAGGGGAAAGCUGAGGGACACCAUUCUUGACUGGGAGGACUCACUGCCGGAUCGGGACCUCAAUCUUGCUGAUGAGGCAUGCAGGAAGGCAGACCUGGCUAUCACUUUGGGCACAUCACUGCAGAUAAAACCCAGUGGGAAUCUGCCACUCAUCACAAAACGCAAAGGGGGCCGCCUUGUCAUUGUGAACUUGCAGCCCACCAAACACGAUAAGCAUGCAGAUCUGCGCAUUUUUGGCUAUGUUGAUGAUGUGAUGACCAGGCUAAUGAAACUCCUGGGCAUGGAGAUUGCCAAGUGGGAAGGCCCUGUUUUACGGGAGCUUGCAGACAACUUUAAGGCACCAAAAUCAGAAGAAGGAGGAGAAGAGGGUGACACAAAGCUCAAAAUGGAAUGUAAAGACUCCCAAGAAGUGAAAGUGGUAGAAAAGUGCUACCAGAAUGGAACUAUGUAUAGAAACACAGGUCAUGCAGCACCAUCUCCAGCCAGAGGAGGGAAAGUGGAAGAGCUGCAGGCCUCUAAGGACUCUGACUGCGAAUCUGUUUGCAAAAGGGCCAAGCUGACAGAGGCAGUCUUUACAUAGGAGGGUCUUGUGACAAGCAUUUGUAGACUCACCUCUGUUAAGGCCAUGGGACAGCAGAAACUGAGAUGAAGCACACCUCUUUUUUAAAACACCCACCCCUGCUCCUCCUUUGUACUAAGAGACUGUAUAAUAUAGACACAUUAAAACUGCAUAGUUGUACCCUUGAAACAAAAGGGAAAUGUAUGAAUGAAUGAAGUGAAAAUUUUCACAUACAGUUGCUCACUGUAUGGCUCGGGUAUGGUAAGGAACAGCAUACUGAAAGAGACCAUCUUGGUUUUUGCAGCUAAUGUGAUACUUGUGCUCAGUUCCAUUCAAACAUUUGAGUAGAUUUGGAUGAUGUAGAGUUAAGUUUUUAUACAGGAAAAAAAACUUUUGUUUUAUAACUUUCUAUUUCCCCUUUUUCCAUAAUAUAAAAUCUUUGUGUAAAA